AAUACAUGUCGUGUCGAUUUUAAUGUUGUUAUUGAAGUUAAUGAAAUUGUACAUGGUGUAUAUCUUGUUUUUAUCAUGAGCUUUAAAUAUUGUGUGUGUAUAUAUAUAUUUUGCUGUAGUGCUUAAAAGCAUACAUUAUUUUUCAUAAAUGGGUAAAAUUUUGUUCGAUAUGAUUGUUUCGGCGAUCUAUGUAAAUAUACAGUAUGUUAUAUUAAAGUGAACAGUGAAAACACCUGUGUGUGUCCCAAAAUACAUUCAAAAUUUUCAAGAUGCCGUGUCCAGACAAUAGCAUAUAUAUUGUGGUUGGAGAGAUGAAUAUGGUCAUGACUUCGAUGAAGAAGGCAAAUCGAUGGUCUGCUCAUAUACAUCAGGAAGAAGAGCAAGACAGCUUAUUGAAAAGCUUUUCUGAUCUGAAAGAAAUGUUAAAUCAAGUGAAUAGUUUAAAUGAUAUAGAACCUAUUACAUAUUUGAAACCAUUUUUGGAUGUGAUAAGAGCAGAAACAACUACUGGACCGGUAACCGGACUUGGUUUAUCUGCAGUUAGCAAAUUUCUGUCAUAUGGUCUCAUAGAUGCAAAGCAUGCAACUGCUCCUCUGGCAGCUGAAAAUAUUGCUGAUGCAGUCACACAUGCACGGUUUAUGGGUACAGAUUCUGCAUCUGAUGAAGUAGUCUUGAUGAAAAUUCUUCAUGUUUUAAGGUUGCUGUUACUCACUCCAUUAGGUGUUCUUCUGACUAACGAAUCGGUGUGUGAAAUUAUGCAGUCGUGUUUUCGUUUCUGCUUUGAGACUCGACUGAGCGAGUUAUUAAGAAGGUCUGCUGAACAUGCUCUGAUGGAUAUGGUUCAACUUUUAUUUUCUUGUUUACCACAGUUUAAUGAAGAUUCUCGAUGUGCUUACAUGAAAAAGCUGAAAAUGAGAUCUGGUGGUCUUGAUACUGGACGAAGUCGAAGGAAACGUUCUCCUCGGCUUAAGCAUCGGAGUAUUCAUUCUUCUGAACCUACAGAAUCUAAUGCACCAAAUAAAUCUACGAAUUCUCUGCCUUCAAGUUUAUCUAAUUCUUCCGAAGUUACACUUGAAAACACUUCACGUGCACCUGAUGCUAGUCCUAAUUCCCCUGAAUCUGUGGAAAGCUGCCAAGAAGCUGUGCUUUAUGGAAAUCCUGCAGCUGCCUCACAGAAUAACAUAAAUGAUUCGGGUGAAAUAAACACUGACUGUGAUUCUAUUAAUUAUGAAAAAACUGAAAUUUCUGAAUCAGGAAUUGAUAAUCAGAAUCCUGAGUUAAUUCUGAAAAUAGAAAAUGUUAAAGGACAAAAUUAUCAAGAAAGUAUGGAGUCUGGGCCAGCUCAAUCUUAUCCUGUUAAUGUUGGUUGUGAGGCAAGUGAUAACGUUAAUGGAAUACUGCCAAAUUCUUCUCUUGAAGCAGAAACCAAUAAUCAGAACAAGCUUAAUGAAUCUGUGGAAGUCAGCAGUGAGUCUGGAAGCUUAAAUACAGAUGCUCUAGAAGAAAGCUCAUUGGCUGAUCACAGUGAAUUGGAUUACGUUAAUCCCAGAGGUGUUCGAUUUACUCCUCAUCAGCAACCUAAAGAAGGUUCAGGUCCUCUUGUGCCAUAUGGUUUGCCAUGUGUAAGAGAACUAUUUAGGUAUUUAGUAAGUUUAGUCAAUCCUCAUGAUCGACAUAAUUCAGAAACUAUGAUUCAGGUUGGCCUCAAUCUACUGACUGUAGCUUUGGAAGCAGGAGCAGAUAAUUUGGGCAGAUUUGCUUCUUUCUUGAGUCUUAUUCGAGAUGAAACUUGUAGGAACUUAUUUGCUCUGAUGCAAAUAGAGCGCUUAACGGUAUUUGCCGCAGCUCUAAGAGUUUCUUUCUUAUUGUUUGAAGCUCUACGAACUCAUCUAAAAUUUCAAUUAGAGAUGUUUUUGAAAACUUUGAUGGAAAUGAUUGUAUCCGAAACUGUUAGAAUAUCGUAUGAGCAAAGAGAAAUUUCAUUGGACUGCAUUGCUCAGCUCUGGAGAAUACCAGGCCUUGUAACUGAACUUUAUAUCAAUUAUGAUUGUGACCUUUAUUGUUCAAAUCUUUUUGAAGAGCUCACUAAAAUGCUAUCGAAAAAUGCAUACCCACUUUCUGGAUUGUAUUCUGUUCAUCUUUUAUCUUUGGAAGCACUUUUAGCUGUCAUUGAGAACAUAGAAAACCAUUGCCAGUGUCGGAUGUUAAAUCAAAGUCAGUUUCUUCAAGACAGUAUAGUGUCAUCAGCAAUUUCAGAAAAUGGUAAUGUGGAUUUAUCCAAGCGUGGUGUACUUCAGCAAGGAGCUUCUGGUUAUUUAUUAGGACAAGAAUUGAUAUCUAACCAUGGUGAAGAAAAACCCUAUCCCAUUGUAAAUGAUUAUGAAAAGCAAAAACCAUUUAUACUACCAAAUAGGAUGAAAAUAUCAGUAGAAAUUCCUAGCCAUGAAAUGUUAAUGGCAGUAAAACAUAAAAAGAAGAUACUCAUAACUGGCACAGAACAAUUUAAUUCCCAACCUAGCAAAGGCAUCUCUUUUCUGCAAGAACAUGGACUCUUAAAAGAUACUUUAGAUCCUCAAGAAGUUGCAAUAUUUCUCCGUGACAAUCCUCAGUUAGAUAAGAAAAUGAUUGGUGAAUAUAUCAGCAAUAGAAAAAAUCUGAAAGUAUUAGAAGCUUUUGUAAGGUCUUUUGCAUUUGAAGGUACAAGGAUUGAUGAAGCUUUAAGACAGUAUUUGGAAACUUUUCGUCUGCCAGGCGAAGCUCCCUUGAUAUCUUUAAUAAUGGAACAUUUUGCUGAACACUGGCAUAACAGUAACAAUCAGCCUUUUGCCAAUAAUGAUGCAGCUUUCACUCUUGCAUAUGCCAUCAUCAUGCUGAAUGUUGAUCAGCAUAAUCAUAAUGUAAAGAAGCAAAAUAUUCCUAUGACAAUUGAUGACUUCAAGAAAAAUUUGAAAGGUGUUAAUGGAGGAAAUGAUUUUGAUGAAAAUUUGUUAGAAGAAAUUUAUGCAUCUAUCAAAAAUGAAGAAAUUGUUAUGCCUGCUGAGCAAACUGGUAUUGUUAGAGAAAAUUAUUUAUGGAAGGUAUUAUUGCGUCGUGGCAGCAGCAAAGAGGGAAAAUUUAUUCAUACACCAAAUGGAUUAUUUGACCAUGAUCUGUUUUCUUUGGUAUGGGGUCCUACCGUUGCAGCAUUGUCUUUUAUAUUUGACAAGAGCUCUGAGCCUGUAAUAAUUGAAAAGACUAUCAAUGGCUUUAGAAAGUGUGCUAUGAUUGCAGCUCAUUAUGGAAUGAGUGAUGUGUUUGACAACCUGAUAAUAUCUCUCUGCAAGUUCAGUACUUUGACAAAUACAACAGAGACGCCAAAAACUCUUUCUUUAUCAUUUGGGAACAAUUCUAAGGCUCAGGUGGCAACAAAAGCUAUGUUCCGCUUAGCACAUCAUCAUGGAGAUAUUUUAAGAGAAGGGUGGAAGAAUAUAUUAGAUUGUGUUUUGCAGUUGUAUAAAUCAUCCUUAUUACCAAAGGAAUUAUUAGAGGCUGAAGAUUUUGUUAAUCCAAAAGGUGUCAUAUCUUUGGUCCGUGAAGAUGUUCCUGUCAUGCCUCGAGCAGAAUCUGGUCUUUUCAGCUCUUUUUAUAUGUAUAUCACAUCUGAUUCUCCGCAAAAACAGCCUACACAAGAAGAUGAAGCAGCAAAGCAGGCUGCAUUAAAAUGUAUUGCUGAAUGUCACUGUGAGCAGCUGUUCACUGAAAGCAAAUUUCUUAGAGUGGACUCGCUACAAGAAUUAGUAAAGACUUUAAUAUUUGUUUGCCAUGCUCCUGAAUCUCCCUCAUCAAUUGGUGGAAGUUAUGAUGAAGAUUCUACAGUUUUCUUAAUGGAACUUCUAAUUAAAAUUGUGCUACUGAACAGAGACAGAGUAAUGAGUAUUUGGAGAAUUAUCCGAGAUCAUCUGUUAAAUCUUAUCAUGGCAUCAGCCGCUAGUGAUCAUAAAUAUCUUCUUGAGAGAGCUGUUGUUGGUAUAUUGCGGAUUGCUAUCCGUUUGAUACGCAAAGAAGAAAUGAUACCUCAGGUCCUUCAGUCUCUAAGAGUUUUACUGUACCUGAAACCAACAGCAAUGUUGCAGGUGUCUAAGCAAAUUGCGUAUGCUUUGCAUGAAUUGCUCAGGACUAAUGCUGCUAAUAUUCACAGCCAAAGUGACUGGGCAUUGAUAUUUUCUCUACUGGAGCGAGUGGGUGCUGGGGCAAAACCACCUCGAGAAUUCAAUAGCGUUAGCGUCAGCCCCACUGAAGUGCCUAGUAAAGUGGUGCCAUCCGGUGCCCAGUCUGAUAGUGAGUUGAGCAUUGGACGACAUUCUGUGGAUUCUGGUUUGGGGCUUGAACGAGGUUAUACAUCUGACACCGGAGUGUAUGAAAAUCAGCCUGAGAGUCCUCGUUCUCACAAUCACCAGUUAAAUUUGCUGCUGAAUGAUAAUGUGGGUACUCAAGGUGGCUGGACUCUGGUGAAUCAAAAUGGUGAAAUUGAAAAUGUCCAGCCUUUACCUGUGAACCAAUACAACAUUGUACUCCACAGAGAAUUGCUACAGCAUGAUCCUAUUGCCUUUUUGAAAUGCUGUGAAUCACUUGCCUUUCUAGUAAGGGAUGCUGCUCACAUAACAACUGAAAACUUUGAGAGCUGUGUGCAUUGUAUUCGAACUUUUGUCGAAGCUAGUACACAUGGAGGUUAUUCUCAUGACAGGAAAUCUAAGCUAAAAGUUCAUAAAGAGAAAAAGAUGGUUAAAAGUAUUCCUAAGCGGAAAGAAGAAAGGAUAAGGGUGUCUCAUUAUCAGUCUAAUAGGCAAGGAGAAGGUUAUGAGGCAGAUGAUGAAGAAAAAGCUGAUGAAUUUGCAUCAGCUUAUCAACAAGUAUCACUACAGCUUUUAGAUCUAAUGCAUACUCUUCAUACUCGAGCGGCCUCAAUAUGCAAUCCACCUGAAGGAUCGGACGAUAACAAUGGUUCAAAAUCAAAGCCUAAUCUCUGGAGUGACUGUUGGUGUCCCCUUCUACAAGGUAUUGCUCGUCUCUGUUGUGAUCCUAGAAGGGCUUUAAGAACAUCCGCAUUAACUCUGUUACCACGGGCGCUGCUGGUCCAUGAUCUUCAGACACUUACACCUUUAGAGUGGGAGUCUUGUUUUAACAAAGUAUUAUUUCCACUUCUUGCAAAACUUCUGGAAAAUAUAAGUCCCACUGAUCCCCUCGGGAUGGAAGAAACUCGAAUGAGGGGUGCAACUCUUUUAUGUAAAGUUUUCUUACAACAUCUGAGUCCCUUGUUAACUUUGCCCACUUUUAUGGCCCUAUGGCUGACUAUUCUUGAAUUUAUGGACAAGUACAUGCAUGCAGAUGGAAGUGACUUACUGGCUGAAGCUAUUCCUGAAUCUCUGAAAAAUAUGCUUUUAGUCAUGGAUACUGCAGGUGUUUUUGAAUGUCCAGAAGAUGGAAACAAUUCAGAGAAGUGUCAAAUGUGGCAUAUUACAUGGGAUCGAAUAAAUGCUUUUCUUCCUGAUCUAAAAGAUGAACUUUUCAAACAGUCUGUUCCCAAGACAGCUGAACCAGUUGAGCAAGUGCCUGAAAGUCAUGUAGAUAGUCAAGAAGAUGUUCCAAAAUAUCAAACAGAUGUGAAUUGUGAUAAAAUUCAGGAAACUGCUCUCAUUAGUCCUACAUCUAGUCCAGUAUAUUUUCCUCCUGCAUCAUCCCAUGAUGAUGCCAACCUGAUGACACCACCAGUAUCUGUGAUUCUUCAUCCACCAACAGCCCCUAUAGUGUAUUCUAAUACACCUAUAAAUAACUGUUCCGCAGUGACUGUUUCAAAUGUUUCUCAGCCUUUGCCAUCACCUGUUGCUUUACCAUUGUUACUUGAUCCAGUGGUAAUGACACAGACAAAUAUGCCUAUAUUUACAUCUCAUCAGGCUCCUCAAAGAGAUGGUUCACAUUCCUUAAGAUAACAGCUGGUGGAUAAUAGAAAUUGUAAAUGCAAAUAGGAGACUGAUUUUAAAAUAUUCAUUCUUUGGUAUUUGAACUGUUAUUGUAAAUACAAAUAUUACUAAUCCAGUCAACCAAAGUGAUGAAAGGAGCAUAAUAUAUAUAUAUAUAUAUAUAUUGACAUUAAUAUAAAUUCUUGAAUAAAAUAUAAAUGUUUGUAUUAUACUUUUAAUGUACAUUGGUUUUUGUCUCUUAUUAUAUUGCAUUUUUUUUUUUUUGUAUACAUAAAAGAGCAUUGAAACUUUUAUUUUAUGUGGCCAUUUUAUUUUUAAAUUUUAGAAUUUAAAUUUAAAAUUAACAUCUUACACACGUUUUUCAAAUGUUAAAUUAUAAAUUUUAAAAGUAUAUUUAUAUAUUUUACAAAUGUUGUCAUAGUAUACAAGAGUACAAAUCCACAAUAGACUUUGUAUGUUUGAAUUUAUUUGUAUUUGAAUAAAGUUGCAAUAUAUAUCA